CUGGCUUUGUAUUGACCCAUAGUUUGCCUAUCGAGACGGUACAACUCUUUGAAAUUUUUGCAAUUCAUUUAGUGAAUUUGUAAUUUCAUUAACACUCAACAAUUAACCAACCAGCCGUCACCAGCGAAAAAAAAAAUAAAACCAACAAAUAUUGAACUUUACCUUAAUUUGGUGUUGUAAACCUUUUUUUUUCUCCCUCACUUCAAUACGCAAUCUAAAAAAAGUGUUAAUUGUUUGCCAAAAAAAAGAAAAAACUCACACAAUCAUUUAAAAAAAUAAAACUAUACAAAAAACAACACUCCUCCAAAAAGGUCUGCAGCAGAGAGGAAUAAUUUUAAGUGAAAUAUUUUUUGAAUGCACUCUACAAUUUCGCCAAGUAAUCGAAGCAGACAGCCAGGCAGAUAGGCGGUUAGAAAGACAGACAUAAAGACACCCAAAGUUAAGGGAACACAGUUGCAUAAAACAAGUCGAAAAGGAAAGAUGUUAAGGAGACACUAGACCACAGGCCUAGCUAGGAACGAAAACGAACAAAAACAUUUGAAAAUUGUUUCAAAAACAAUAAAAAGUCAACCAUACACAAAACCACAUCAACACCAUGAAGUUCAAAUUAUUUCUAAUAUUACUAACAUUUUUGCUGGGGUGUACUCUAGUCCCUGCCUAUCCUACUGCCGAAGAUGAAACAGCAUCAGAUAACUCCGAUAAUGCAGCAACUUCUAAAGAUUACUCACAUGAGGCGGCCUCAGACAAUGAUGAGAUCUAUGAGCCAGCCCUGCUACAGCAGCAAGUGGAGGCCGACGAACUUAGACACAUGAAGAAUGUAGAGGAUAUGGAAAUGGAAACGGAAACUGAGGUUUCAGUUAAAACCGUUAGAAAUAUUUCCGAUAAUCAAUUGAGUCAAAGCAAUGUGGCAUCCAAGGAACUGGAAGGACAUAUGCAAAGUGCUGAAGAUUAUGUUAAUGAUUCCAAAAUGGAAGAGGAGGAAACGGAAACAAAAAUGGCAAGAGAAACAGAAACAGAGGAGGACUUAAGCAAAAAACAACGCAUGGGCCGUCUAUUGCCCACCACAACUAGCAGCACACCCACCAAUAUCCCCGAAUACAUAAGGCAAGCAACCCAGAUGAGCGGUGAUGAUUUAAAUCAAUCCCAAGAAUACCUAGACGAUGAGAACGAACAAAAGGCUGAGCCUGUGCAUAUGGCACAAAUGGCCCAACUGCCGUCGUCUACCGAGAAACCUAUUGAAAAUCAUGUCUAUGAACAGUUACCAAAUUCCAAGGAAGCGGAAGAAAUUGUACCCUUGGCCAUGAGAUAUUACACCGACGCUGAAGAUGCUAUGGUGGCUGACGAAAUGGCUGCUGUGGGUGCGGCUAUGGUCCCGCGUACUCAGCAUGCCGCCACCGCGACCGACGAUGAUGAUGAGUACAGCGAUAAAAUUGGAGACACCAAUAAACUUAACAAUGAACCUGUGCCAAUGCCCAGGCAACAAUGGUUGCCCACACAACAGCGUCAAGGUUCUCCGACAUAUGAGCCUCAACAAAAUAGUUCCGAGGAAUAUUAUGAUGAAGAUGAACUUGCCUCCAAGGAAAAUGAAUCUUCCACCACCGCCCCUGCGGCAGCAACAACAACACAGCCCUCAGCCAUGGCCAGCAGCACAACAAUCAGCGAUCAUAAUUUAGUGGUCUUUGCUGGUUUCCCAUUGUCAUACCAGACCACAACAGCUACAGCUCCAGCAGCAGCCCUGCCACCUUUGGUGACACCCAUGUCGAACAAUGGCCCGCCAUACGAUGGCACCAUGAUGGGACCAACAACACCUCCAUAUCCAGUGGUGGCUGCUGCUGCAGCCGCAGCGGCUGUCUCACCAGCUACCGGUGACAAGAAAGGUAAACAAAUACCCAUUGUUGCCACUACCAUUACUACCACAACCACUUCGGCAACCAUGAAUGGAGCAGCUGGAACUGCUGGUGGUAGCACACCCAAAUCCAUAUCCUCAUCUAUGCCAAAUGCGGACAAUAGCGGCAGCAACAGUGCCACCACGAAUAGCAAUGCAGGUAAUGGAGUAGCUGGUGUUGGCAGUGCAGCAGCAGGCGGUGGCGGCGGCGGCAUCACUAGUCGUCGUCAUCUCUUGCCCCAUGAACAAUUGCGUAACUACAUUGAAGAUGCCUACAUUCGUAUGCCACUUGCGGUUAUUGUCGAUCCAUCAUCCGAAUCAUUGGAAAAGACCAAAGCCUUAUGGAAUGAAGCAUUGCGAGAAAAUUUAAAUAUCAAAAUUAUUUUGGUAACGUUAAAUGAGUCUGACAUACCAGCUGCAUUCAAUUUCAACAAUACUCGCCAAUUUCUUAUCGGCUUGAAUAGCAUCAAAGAACACGAGGGUGGCGAUGCAUUCCGUGGCAUAUCCCAUGCCGCUGAAUUGGUGCCCUAUGACAGUGCUGUUUUUAUAUCGACGGCAACCUUGGCUAAUCAUACGGAUCAAGUGCAUGAUGCUGCCAUAACACUGUUGAAAAAGAGAAUACGGCUCUAUCUCAUAUGGUUCGGUGAGCGUGCUCUCAGCGAAAAUGAGACUCAAGAAACUGUAGGCGGCAUUUUGGGCGAAGUUGCCAUACGUUCCGGUGGGGAAGUCUUGCACAUUGUGGGCAAUGAAAAUUCCAUGGAAUUGGAAGGCAGUACGCUCACUAUUGUGGCAGAUGCUUUGCGCGGCUCACAGGAAUUGGAUGUGCCUGUCGAUACCACCCUAUCAAGUUUACAUGUCAAAAUUGAUAAACUCAUGAGAAGGGCGGUAUUGGAAACGCCCAAUGGCGAAAUCAAUUUGAAGAAAUUGGUGAAAUUCAAAACACGUCUUAUGGAAACUUUGGACGAUGACAAACGCCUUGAUGCCUAUGUGCCCUUGACGAAAUUACGUAAAGCCACUGUUUACAAAUUGAAAAUUAUACCCGAAGAUUUAGAAACCGAAUAUACUGUUUUCAUACGCGGCGAACGUAAAGCUGAUACAUUUUUGGAUGACAUGAUCAAACAUUUCGAAACCUAUUUCUAUGAAGGACACACCCUAUAUCCAGCCCGCUUAAGGAAUGGCAAAUUGCAGAGCAUAACAUCCGCAUUGGCCUUGGCAAAUUUGCCCACACACAGCAAUCUACGUUUCCCCGAUGACAAUGUCGAUAGCAAAGCACCCAAGGAUGAGGUGGAAACUUUCUCCUCCUCGGAAAUUCAGCGCAAUACUGAAGAUGCAUUGCCAUUGAACGCUACAGCUUUGGCUGAACAAAAUAAUUUACUAAACCAAAAGAGUACAAAUGCGUUGCAAAGAUCGAAUACAAAAAUAGAAUUGGGCAUACAUUCACAAGUGCUGAUAGUUCCUGGCAUGAUGGGUCAAUUGUAUUUUGAGGUCACCAAUACAGGUUGUGAUAGUAUCUUCUACAAUAUUCAAGUGAUCGAUGAGAAACGGUAUCUUAUGCGGUUGGCACCACAGAGCAUAUUCUUACGUGCUGGUCAAAUGGCUGCAGUGACAGUGACCGUACUGGUACCUCAAUCCACGGCGGCAGGUACCAUUGACCACAUCACAUUCUCAGCGACAGGAGCCAGCACCACAACAUCGUUAUCACUAAAUCUUAAAGUGAUCACUGCCACUGAUAUACAGGACAAUGUAGCUCCUUCCCUUACUUGGAGUUUCGGUAGUCGUUGUGAAUCGAUCGUCUCUACCGAUACUACAACAUGUGCCGAUCGCUUUUGGACUCUUUACUUAACAGCUCAAGAUUAUCAAACGGGCAUUAUGCGUUUACAAUCGAAUCCCACAGCAGGUUUGGUCUACACUGGCACGUAUACCAUUGGCACAUCGGAUCCGCUAAAGGCCACCUAUAUCGCAACCUGUUGUGAGCCCAAGGCGAGUUUUGUUGUCUACGAUGUUGUGGGUAAUCAGAAAUCCUAUAGUGUGGAUGUCAGAGAUAUAGUAUUGAAUGAUGCCUCAAUUGCCGCUAUAUCUUUGGGUGUGAUACUUUUGAUUAUUCUACUCAUUUUGCUAAUAUGGGCCAUUGUAUGGUGUUGUCGUAGACGUAAAGUGGUUUUGGAUAUACCCACAUAUCGUUCACAUUCCACACGCAGCAUGGAGUAGAUAAUGAUGAUGAUUGUUGAAGGGAGUUGCACAAAAACAAGUAUUCAUACCAUAAUAGUAUAAGGACAUUUAGGAUUAAGAUUUUCCAUAUAUAAAAAACAAGUGCCAAAUUUAAUGGAAGCAUUGUGGGAAAAAGUA